CUACCCCUCAGGCCGUUGUGAGCGCUACAGUUUCUCUGUGAGCUGUACAGCGGCAUGCACGGUCUCCUCAGAACUCUCGCAGAGCAAGCCUUCUCACCACUAGCACUGCAGCUAUUGGUGUUGCCCCUAAAACAGUAAGCCACUUGGAACUCUUUCUUCUUUGAUAAGCAAGUCUACGACAGCGUUGCAAAGGGACGAUUUCAGUCAUGGAUUUUGUUCAUCAACAGAGAACCCACAGCGUGACUUAAUACUGAAAAUGCUCAAAAUGGAAUGCUGAGAUGAAGCUGUGGAAUGUGGCCGCCCCUUUUGUCUACCCUAUUUGUAACUAGGUACGCCUCUUCGUCUUCAAAGCCAAUCUAAACAGGCCUGAAAAGGGAAUUUUUCUUGCUUUCUAUGACAUCUGCAAUACAAAUUUAAGACAUCUGUCACUCAGCAGGAGAUUCCUGUCGACCUGGAAAAGAAAAAAAAAUAUUGCUGCAUGCCAGCAGGUUUCUGCUUUUGAAACUGUGAUGGUCUUAGGAGCUAACGGACAGGCCUAUUUCUUGGCCUCAGACCGCGGUUUUAAGAAAUGGGUAGCAAUUCCUUGAUGGUGGAUAGUGUGAUUUAUUCAGUAAGCAUGGAACAUGCUCUAAUGAAUGAGAUGUAACCGAGUGGGUUGGCUUCUGCUGACACAGGACAAGCAGCUGUAAUUCGACCGCACAUCCCACUGCAGGCCUCAAGAGGUUUGUCACAUCUUAUGUUCUUUACGAAGCACAAAGCUGAAGUUUGGGGCCUAUAACUUUACAGUCUUUUAAAAUGACAUUUUGAUUACACGUUUCUAAAGAACAUUUUUAUGCCUAUUUAAAGACUGUUGUAUGAAGAUCGUGAGACAAAGACAGACAUAUACUAUGGCAGCAACGUACCGCAUUGUGGUUAGCACUACUAAUUGUUAUAACAGUGUUGUCAUUGAUCGUCGCUUUCAGCACACUGUACAUUACUGUAAUGGACCAUGUCAGGUCCUUAAACACGGUGUUGAGUGCACUGUGGCCCAUUGUAGCACUUGCUCAGAGCUGUUGGAUACUAUAGCUGAGCCUGCAACUGGUGGCCGACCUUUUAGUACUGAGGACCACGGCAAUACAUUUUCAGCUGUUGAAAAUGGCACUGCUGUCCCUGGAGCUACAGGUGAGGAUUAUCACCAGAUCAUGCAGGGUGCUCCCAGGGUCAAAAAGGGAUUAACUAUUCAGAGUUCCACCAGCCUUAAGGACAUAACGGGUGAUGCCAUAAAUCUAGCCAGUGGAAAGAUCAAGGAGUUCUCUUUUGAGAAAAUAAAGUACUCCACCAGCCAUGUUACUUUUAGGAAAGGGAGAAAAGUGAGACCAGACUCCUUCAGCAGAAGGUCCACUGAUCUUGACAUAAUUUAUGGGCACUUCAGCAGUGAUGAGAACUGCCCACCAUUUGGCUUUGUACAGAACUCCAUGAUGGAAGAGCACAAGUUGAGUCGCAGUAGUUCUCUGGAGCAAAACAUCAACAAUAUUCCAAUACUGUACCUGAAUAGCUUGACCGAAGAGAAUCUGAUAGCAAAGAUCCUGGAAAAGGCCAAGGCAGACAGCAAUGCUUCAGGGGAAGACAUCAAGGCUUGUCUGGACAUCCUCCUCAAAUGCUCGGAAGACCUGAAGAAAUGCACUGACAUUAUUAAGCAGUGCAUCAAGAAUAAAUCCAUGGGUGGAGACAACAACGAUUCAUUCACAAACCCAGAGGUGAUCUACAGGAGUGUGAUGGCAAGGCUUUCAAGCUACCUGAAGAAGCUGCCCUUUGAUUUUGAACAUGGGCGAUCAGAGCACAGUGACUUAGCUGAGCUUGUAAAUAGUUUGCAUGGAUUGCAGCAAACUCCUUUUUCCCCCAUAUUUGGUAAUGAACAGCCACCAAGAUAUGAAGAUGUGGUCCAUUCCCCACCUUUAAUUAAAACUCUACCUCUCUCAUCUCCUUUGGAACCCCAACAAAUCCCUCAAGACUCAGCUAAUAAUGUGCAAUCAGUACAAAGCUUUGCCAACUUGCAAUGUAAUACAAUUACCCCCAACAGUGUUCAUAAGAACUCGACUGCCGUUAGUAGUUCCGGUGCCCUACCUCAAGCUGUAACAAUAAACCGUUCAGACAGCUAUUCCUCUACAAACUCAUUGCUGUCAUGUAGCAGUGAUAAUAUAUGUAAGGAAUCCAUGGUAGCAUUGUAUAUAGAGGAAGAGCAUGACGUAGGGAAAGUGCUAGACAAGGAGCUACGAGGGGAAGGUAAAUUCAGCCAGGGGUUCAUGGAGGUUAGACAGUUGCCUAAAAAGCCAAUUGCUCUGCUGGAAACUACUGACAGUACUGCUAAACUGUCAGGAAACAUCAGGAAUGGGACUACCUUUAAACCAAAUUUGGAGCCAUUUGCACUGCCUGGAGCCAGCAAGCCAUAUGCGUCUCUUAAGAACCGAGAAGCUUUCCAGGAACCCGGUCAAAGUAAUGACCAGGAUGACAUUGACAAAUUGCUAAUGGAUUUAGAGUGUCUUUCCCAAAAAAUUGAACUAGAACCAUGUCUUAAUGGGAAAAGCGCUGAGCUCAAGAACUGCAGCCAGCAGGCAGGUCUGCACCAGCACUUGUCCUUUGACUCCGGAAGCAGUCAACCUCCAGUGGACACACUCACCCCGUUCUCGUCCAAAAAGAACAAAAGCAGGCAUGGCUACACUACAAACGAGGAGGAGGAUGGGGCUCUCUUGUUGCGUAUUUUGGAGAGCAUUGAAAACUUUGCUCAGGAACUUGUUGAAAGCGGGACAGGCAAGGGCAGGUUAUCCCGAGAAGGGGAAGUAAUGCGUCUUCUCCAAGAAACUGUGGCAAACACUGGCAAGUCUGAGCAGAAUCUGCAAACUAGCUCCAUACCUGCAGCUAUCCGAGACACUGGACCAACUCUGUCAAUCCAGCAGACGCCGGAAGUCAUCAAGGUCCAAAUCAAGCAAGAGAAGAAACCUGGAACUCCUCCCCCAGCACCUGCAGCCUCCACCCCCAGUCCACGCACACCGACCCCUCCACCAGUAAACAAGGUGGUCAUCACUGCCCCCAUCUCCAUAAACAUUCCACGCUUCUAUUUCCCCAAAGGACUUCCAAACCCUACUGCCAACCUCGACGAGACCAUUGCCAAGAUUGAAGCAGCGUUCGCAGAGUUAGAGGAAGAGAAAGCUGAUAUUUAUGAAAUGGGAAAGAUUGCUAAGGCAUGCAAUUGUCCGCUAUACUGGAAGGCCCCGAUGUUUAAUGCUGCUGGAGGUGAAAGGACAGGAUUUGUUUCUGUCCACGCAUUCAUAGCGAUGUGGAGGAAGUUAUUGCACAGCUGCUAUGACGAUGCAUCAAAGUUUGUUUACCUAUUAGUCAGACCUGGCUGUGCCUACCUUGAACAGGAAGACUUCAUCCCAUUAUUACAGGAUAUUGUGGACACUCAUCCAGGUUUGACGUUUUUGAAGGAUGCCCCUGAAUUCCAUUCUCGGUACAUUACCACGGUAAUUCAGAGGAUAUUCUACACAGUCAACCGAUCCUGGUCAGGGAAAAUCACCAUGACUGAGCUGAGACGGAGCAACUUCCUGCAAACCCUUGCUCUUCUGGAGGAAGAGGACGAUAUCAACCAGAUUACAGAUUAUUUCUCCUACGAACACUUCUACGUGAUCUACUGUAAAUUCUGGGAGCUGGACACAGACCAUGAUCUUUUCGUUGACCAGAAGGACCUGGCCAGGUAUAACGAACAUGCUUCAUCGAAUAGAAUUACUGAGAGAAUAUUCUCUGGAGCGGUAACAAGGGGGAACUCUGUGCAGAAAGAAGGCCGGAUGAGCUAUGCAGAUUUUGUCUGGUUUCUGAUCUCUGAAGAGGAUAAGAAGAAUCCCACCAGUAUUGAGUACUGGUUCAAGUGCAUGGACCUCGAUGGGGACGGAGUGCUGUCCAUGUAUGAGCUGGAGUACUUCUAUGAGGAGCAAUGCGAGAGAAUGGAAGGGAUGGGCAUCGAACCACUGCCAUUCCACGACCUGCUCUGCCAGAUGCUGGAUCUAGUGAAAUGUACAGACCAAGGUAAAAUAACUCUUCGGGAUCUGAAGCACUGCAGAAUGGCGCAUGUAUUCUAUGACACCUUCUUUAACUUGGAGAAGUACCUGGACCAUGAACAGAGAGAUCCAUUUGCUGUGCAAAAGGAUGUAGAGAACGAUGGUCCAGAGCCCUCAGACUGGGAUAAAUAUGCAGCUGAAGAAUACGAGAUCCUGGUGGCUGAAGAGACGGCUAAUGAACAGUUACAGGAAGGUUCAUUUGAAGACGAUUAUGAAUCUGACGAACUCACGGUCGCAUCAGAAAUCGGAAACAAGAAGGACAAACUGGUCAUUUCAGACCUUUCAGCAUAAAACCUAAAACAGGUCACACUGCCAAGCAAUCAGACGUGACUGCCAGUGAAAAGACUGACCACGGAACAGUCACACACAAUAAGGGAAUAGGCCUUUUCUUCUACUUUUUUUUAGCUUCUUUUUCCUUUGGAAGGGAAUUAUGCUUUUUUUUUUUCUUUUUUACAAUUCAAAUGACUGUGUGUGUGUGUGUGUGUGUGUGUGUGUGUGUGUGUGUGUGUGUGUGUGUGUGUGUGUGUGUGUGUGUGAAAUAGAGCUGCCUAUAAAUCUAAAAGCCUUUUUUUGUGCAAUAUGUCUUAAAUAAGUCUAGUGGGAAUAUUUGUUCUGUGUUAGCCUGGAGAACAAGGAGCAUUUGGGAUUUAUACGAUAUGAUUAUAUUGUCUAUAUACAGUACACUCUGUACCACCUAGUGGUCAUUACUAGUAGCAACUUGUGCACAACCUCCUGCAGCAUCAUCGGUAACAGCUGGACACACGUGGAUAUGAAGUCAACAAGAUGUUGGAAGGUCUCCUGUUUUAUCAAGCACCAUCUUCCAACAAUGUUGACAAUAUUGUUAAGAUUGAGACCUAAUUAUAUAUAUAUAUAUAUAUAUAUAUAUAUAUAUAUAUAUAUAUAUAUAUAUAUAUAUAUAUAUAUAUAUAUAUAGAUAGAUAUAUAUAUAUAUAGUCACAAACUACAAAGCAGUAUGUAAUUAAAUAUGUUAAUGUAACAUUAUUCAGCAGGUUUCAGAAUUAAUUAUAUAGAGUGAUGCAAACUUUUAUAUAUAAAAAGUUAUAUGUAUCUGCUUACAAUACAUUCAUUAUCAUAUCAAGCAUAUUUAUUUAAAAAAUGUGCAUACUACCCAUACUUCUUAUAAACAUGCACAGAUGUAUUACGGAAAAAAUGCAAAUUUAUGUUAAUUGCAUCAGCUAUGUAGCUUACAGAAAUCCACAAUAUGUCAACAUAAGCUAAAGUGCUGAUUCAGAGGAAGAGCAACUACUGUUAGUCUAUCUAUCUGAACCUUGGCUUCUGCCUCGUUCUUGAUUAUUUUAUUUAGUCCUGUAACUCGCUAGCCAGCCCCUACAGCACAAGAGACUUUGCUCUGCAGCAAAAGAGAGAUUUUUGCUUUCAUCCCGUUUUUAUUUUACAAAACCUUAUUUCUGUAAAAAAAAUAUAUGUUGUUUCAUCAGCUUCCAAAGAUGUAUUCUUGUGAUCUGGAAGAGAUUUGGUUAAAUCAAGUCUGACCCAGAAUGUAAAUAUACAGGAUUUGUUAGACUGAUAAGGAUAUAAACUCUAAUACAUGAGUGGCAAACCAACAAGUUUUUAUUUGAUGUCAGGCUGUCCUCAAUUACUUUAACAGUUGGAACGAAAUUGACUUGUUAUAUUAAAGUUGAAAAGCUUGUGCUUAGAUGCAAGAUCACCUGUGUUUCUAUCUGCUACCGAAUACUGCAGGUUUACAUGUGUAAAUAUACUGUAUAGAUACAUAUACUGUAGAAUAAAUAAGUAUAUCCUGAUCUGGGUAGCAGGGUUUACAAGGAAGACAUCAAUCCUAAAGUAGUUCACAGGACAGUUCAAUAACGAGUCUUUAAACCUGCACCCAUUACAAUUCAUGUGCCCAAAGCCAGGCUCCUAGUGGGGUCAGCAUGUUCUAGACAGCAUCGCCUUCAUGUUUAUGAAGUGUCUGGCUCAGUAAUACUACCUGAAGUUUUAUGUAAGCCCAAUAUGGAAGGUAAGAGCAGUGAGAAAUAGACAAGCAAUAAAAUCAAUUCUGAGAGGUCUAGUUUUAAACUUUUUGGUUUUGAUUGAACUAAAUUGCGCUAAAUUAGAUGUAAAAAAUGUAUAUAUAUAUAUAUAUAUAUAUAUAUAUAUAUAUAUAUAUAUAUAUAACACUAAGUGGGUAAAAAAAAACAUGUAAAUAGAUAUAUUGAAAUUUUAAAUAUAUAGGUACUUUUUAAACUUCAGACUACCCCCAUCUCUUCAGUGUGGUGUUUUAGUGCAUAUUUGUACAGUCUCCAUUCAUAUGUGAAUGUGGCCCAGUGUAUGUAUAUGUACAUUUGCAUAAUUGACAAAGUGUAAUUUUUGUCAGUUGUGUAUUUUGACAUCCCAAUCUGUAAGUGUUUCAAUAUUAACAUCAUGCAACCUUAUACAAAAGAUGUGGGUCUGCCAUCAAGAUACAGCAAAAAGGACAUUUGCACAGUAGUCAUGGUAUACUGUAUGUUUCUCAGUUUUCAUAUUCAUGCCUUUGCUAAUUAUUUACAUGGGCUUUCAGGAUUUACUCAGCCCUUUGAUACACCAUGAUUUCAAAACCCUGUUGCAGAAGGGCUGAGGUAAUAUUCCAAAAUGCCCUUAAACAUGCUUUAAAUGUUAUUAGUAUUUUUAUUAUUUAAUUAUUUUGUGUCUUAUAAAAUACUGUAAUCAGCGUCCUUUCCAUCCACAUCAAGCUCAUAUCUAUUUCAGUGUUAUGCCUGCAAUGUGUUUGAUCCAUACCAUAACUCAUUCUCCUGGCUUUGUCAAAAGGGAAGAGAGUCAACAUCCAUGAAUGUUACUGUAUACAACUGUAGAUAUAUAUAUUUGUUUGUAAGUAGUGUAAAAAUAAAUGAUAUUGCCAAAGGUGCAAUCUAUAUUGUAAUAUGUGCCACAUGUAGUUACCAGUAGCUCUCUCAAUAAUAGAACUGCGUUUUGGGAGAAUUUGCUAUAGCCUAUAUAAACCACUUUGUAUAUUCCCCCCCUCUCGAGUGAUUGAUUAUGCCAGUGGCAUUGUUGUUGAAAUGUAAUGUUACUUUUACUGCCAUUGUAAUAUGCAUCCAGCUUAAAGGUAGAAUGUAAGUGAACAUUCUGACUGAACUCACUGUAUUAAGACAAUCAACUGGGUGUUUAAAUGGUUUUAAUGUAGCACUUUGUGUUAGUUUCAGUAGCCAUCUAAGCAAUAAACCUGCUGUACUGGUAACACACUCACUGGGAUGAUGUGAUCAAACACGUACCAAAUGCCUGAAUCAAGACUUGAGACGAACACUAUAAAACUGCCAUGUGUACCACGGUAACUUUUUAAAAACAGGGUAUACAGCUGUUUAAGCUAUUACAAAACUGCUUAAAUACUGAAUUUUUUUUUAUGUUACUUUUUUUUUUUUUCUUGAGUUUCAAACUGUUUUGAAUGUGUAUCAUUUGUUUUCUGGCAUAUGUUUUGUUUGCAGAAGCUAUAGUGAGAUGGUAUGCCAUCUUGAGGUGUUUAACGUUUGCAUUAGCAUGGCUUUUAUCUUUGCUGUAUUUCUUUGGAAUUUUGAAAUUUAAUUAUAAAAAUAAAAUAAAUAAGGUUGUAAACUUCUAUUUGAUACCAAUAGUAUUGUACCUCAUUGCGUUUAAUAAAAUCAAUCAACAUGUGAUAACAGACCCGAUGUAUCAGACCAGUGCUGAUCUGCCACAUAUCCCAUUUUUGCUUUGGAACUGUAGUAAAAACCUGCAUAUCUUCUGUAUCAGAGCCUACUGAGACACGUAUUCUUGAUGCAUUGCAUUUCAUUUCUGUAGUUCUGGGUUCAAAGCAUGUAAACUCAAAAUAAAUAAGUCUGGUUGUCUUCUCUUC